UAGAUUCUUGUCCAUCUCAAUGCACAUUUUUUUCUCACCAAUAUAUAAAACACCAGCUUCAAAAUCCCUAAUCCCAAACGUGAAUCAAAACCCUCGAGCCCCUCUGCCUGACUUUCUCUAGACGGGCUCGUCCAUUGGGUUUUUCUUAAUCGUUUUUUUUCUUCUGUUUUGACAGAGAAUCUUCCUAUGUUCAUCUUUUUCAUCGUAGUUUCUGGCUAGAACCCUUUUCACGUGACAGCAUAGACAAAAUCGUACGAGUGAAAAUUACAAUGCUGUCCGUUUUAUAGCUAAUACAAGCGAAAANGUAGGAAAAAAAAAAAAAAGUAUGCGGUUUUGAUGUGAUUAAAGGGAGACCCCUUUUGAGUUUAACUCCCAAAAUCCUGUUAGAAAAGGCAAUGGAGAGCGAGAAUCAAGUACUAGAAUGCCAAAAAAGUAGCUCUUUUCGCCGAUUAAGCAGAGGAAAUUCUUCUAGAAGAAUCUCCCUUUUAACAGACGACGCAUUUGAGAACGAAUCUGUGUCCGAAGCAGGGGACAUUGGGGACCGAGCCCUUCACAGUAACAGAAUCAGUAACUCUCUCCCGAUUUUCGAAAAUGCAAAUCCUGUUUCGGUUGAUGAAGUUGCUCAAUCUUUAGGGGAAAAAGAAUAUUUGCAGGAGGAAGAAGUGCAUUGGUUUUUGAAAUACAUUACAUGCCUCCUUUCACUUGCCGUGUUUGGAAUUUUAGGGGUCCUAGCUCGAUAUAGCCUUGAGAAUCUCUUUGGACCCAAUGUAGUUGGUGCUACAAGUGACCAUAGCUACAUGUAUCUUGAUCUUCCUUCGAAUAUGGUUGGUUCUUUUCUGAUGGGUUGGUUAGGCGUUGUUUUUAAACCGGACAUUUUGCGAAUUUUGGACCAAUUAGCAAUUGGGCUGACAACAGGUUUUCUGGGAAGCCUAACGACUUUCAGCGGUUGGAAUCAAAAGAUGCUUGACCUUAGUGUUGAGGGCCGUUGGGUAUUUUCCGUGCUCGGCAUUUUAUUAGGUUUGUUCCUAGUCGCGUAUUCGAUAAUUUUCGGUAUCGAGACUGCAAAAGGGUUCAAGUGGCUUCUUACAAAAUCAUAUAUAAGAUUGUUUUACAGCACAAAAACGUGCCUCAAUCCAUAUACUUCGAACGAGUCUCGUUUUUUGGUGACAUUCAUGGUGAUUCUUUUACUGAUGCUGGUAAUGUUGUGGGGUUUGUUCGGAACCUUAGCAGCGAAAGAAUUUGAAGAAGGUGGCAAUAGGGCCCAGCUGUUCUUGGGCUGCUUGGUGGGCCCUUUUGGCGUGUGGGCCAGGUGGUUCUUGGCCCGUUUUAACGGGCGUGGCUUGGGUAAAAAUGGCAUGGCAAAAUGGAUGCCGUUCGGGACUCUUGCUGCAAAUGUUAUUGCGGCUUGCGCAAUGGCUGCUCUCGCGAAUCUUAAGAAAGCGGUUAAGACGAAGAAUUGCGAUACGGUGGCAUCUGGUAUUCAGUUAGGGUUGCUCGGUUGUCUGAGUUCGGUUUCAACUUUUGUUGCCGAGUUUCAUGCGAUGAGAGAGAGUGAUUGUCCGUGGAGGGCAUAUGCUUAUGCGACGAUUACGUUUUUUGUAUCAUUUGUGUUGGGAACUUUGAUAUACUCUGUUCCUAUAUUGAUAAAGGGAUACAAUUAGAGGCAUACCUAAUUGUUUAAGGGGCGAUUGGAUAUAAAUAAAAUUAGUUUUGUUUGAAUUUAUUGGUUAAAAUUAGUUAAUUUUUUUGAAUAAAGUUACAUUGAAUCGAGAUUAUGUUUUUUCUUAUAUCGUUUGUGUUGG